GAAACGCUGCUGGAUUUCGUGACGUUACGAGGACCAUUUCCGAACACACUGGCGGGAGUGUGAAUGUUAUCCUCUAGCUACAAAAUAACAGAUAACUACAAACAAAACACCUGUCAAAACAAGCUUUUGUUUAUUUUAUUUGGAAAAAGAAUCUAGCGCCAAGCAGGUGUUAUAUUGCAAGCAAUUGAAAUUGACUAAGUUUGCAGGAGAGAAGACGGUAACAACCAUCAGAAGACGCCACACACGUAUCUUUAGUCAAAGACUGAAUUGUUUAACGUUGGCUAGUUUAUUAUUUUCCGUCCUGCCUUUAUCUGCAACGUUAAGGGAGAUAAACGAGCUAAAUUCGAUUAAUUUUCAAAUUAUUAAUCUGCUACCCUUUCAAGACUACUGAAAAUAAAUGGCUAAAGUUCAAGUGUUGAAUGUCGCUGUGUUGGACAACCCAAGUCCUUUUGGGAACCCGUUUCAGUUCGAGAUUACGUUCGAGUGCAUGGAGGAUUUACCGGAGGACCUGGAGUGGAAGAUCAUCUAUGUGGGCUCAGCAGAGAGUGAGGAGUAUGAUCAGACUCUGGACUCAGUUCUGGUCGGACCGGUACCAGCAGGCAGACACAUGUUUGUGUUCCAGGCGGAUGCCCCCAACACUGGGCUGAUUCAGAGUGAUGCUGGGGCGUACUACACACUGAUACACGUACACACACUCAUCACCUGCACCUACAACGGACAGGAGUUCAUCCGUAUCGGUUACUAUGUCAACAAUGAAUACACCGACCCAGAGCUCCGAGAGAACCCACCGGUCAAACCAGACUACACACAGCUGCAGAGGAACAUCCUGGCCUCCAACCCCCGUGUGACCCGGUUCCAUAUCAACUGGGACGGCUGUUCAGACAAGAUGGAGGACAGUGAGAACGUAGACCCCUCCCCCAACAGCAGCAGUAGCAGCAGCAUGGUGCCCUCCUCCUGUUCAGCUGGCAAGGCGUUACCUGUAGGACUGCUGUCUGGUAACUCGAUGGACUGUCUGUAGAACACAGCCACCCCUCCAGCAUUGCCUUGCCACGUUCUACUCCAGCAGAGUCUUUGGCAGGAAGGUUGAGUCACUUAUUAUAAACCAGCUGUACUGUAGGAUGUACGGUCUCCCUCCUUCACACAGCAACACCUCCCUCUGUCUCCCCUGGCACUGGCACCCUAUUCCCUCCAUAGUGCACUACCUUUGUAAACAGGGCCCUCUGCUCCAAUGUAGUGCACUACCUUUGUAAACAGGGCCCUCUGCUCCAAUGUA